CGGAGCUUAGUGAGCGCGACUUGUGAGCCCAUCAUGUGAUGGAGCUGUCCGGGGCCGCGGGGAUGCAGUCACUGGAGGGGGAUGAGGCGCUGAGAGCGGAGAGGGAGCGGACAUGUGCCGAGUUCUCCAGCAUUGCGGGCUGUGACCUGGCCGUGGCGCAGUGUUACCUGGCUGAAAAUGACUGGGAGCUGGAAAGGGCGAUUAACUCUUACUUUGAACCAGGAGUGGAGUGUCCUUCAAACAAAGAGACUUUAACUACUUUGAUAAAUACACCAGACUCAGAAGCCAUGCCUGCAACAUCAUCAGAUACCUGCAUUGACUUGACAGAUGAUACUCCAGUUAUUAUAAAGAAAGCGCCUGUUGCUGACAUUUCUCCUACACUGAACCAAGAAGAUGAAAGCCACGUUACACUCCUAACCUGGAAUAUUGAUGGAAUUGACCAAGCCAACCUUCCGGAACGGGCUCGGGGUGUUUGUUCUUAUUUGGCACUGUACAGCCCAGAUAUAGUGUUAUUGCAAGAAGUUAUUCCCCCAUAUUAUGAAUAUCUGAAGAAAAGAGCCAUCAGCUACACAAUCAUUACAGGAAACGAAGAUGGAUAUUUUACUGCCAUAAUGCUGAAAAAAUCAAGAGUAAGGCUCCUAAGUCAAGAAAUUGUUCCAUUCCCAAGUACGGCUAUGAUGAGAAAUUUGCUGAUUGUAUAUGUUAAUAUUUCUGGACACAAUAUUUGCUUCAUGACUUCUCAUCUAGAAAGCACCAAAGAGCACUCAAAUGAGCGUGCGAAGCAGCUGAACAUUGUACUGAAGAAGAUCCAGGACAUACCUCCUUCAACCACAGUCAUAUUUGGUGGAGACACAAAUCUGCGGGACAAAGAGGUUGAGAAAAUUGGAGGCUUGCCAAGUAACAUUUUGGAUAUCUGGGAAUUCUUGGGGAAACCUGAACAUUGUCGCUAUACAUGGGAUACAAAGAUGAAUAACAAUCUAAAAGCUCCAUAUACUUGCAGGCUGCGCUUUGACCGCUUAUUCCUCCGCGCUGCUGAACAUGGGAGCCAAGUUGUUCCUCAGUCUCUAGAUUUAAUCGGCACUGAAAAGCUGGAUUGUGGAAGGUUUCCAAGUGAUCACUGGGGUCUCUUCUGUGAUUUUGAUGUGAUCUUGUAAAAUAAGUAUUUCUGAAGCCUACAUCUGUUAAUCUGAUUAUUUUAAAGCUUAUUUAUUGAACAGUUUUUUUUUUUUUCUUUUUUCGGUUGAUCAGUGCUCUUAUAUACAAAUUAUGUUUUGUAAAAUUUUGGUAUCAAAAACUUAUUUUUUGCACUUAAUAUUUGGGAGUAAAAAUUUUGGUGCUUAAAGCUAUUUUAUUUUUAAUGUGUUUUUAUGAAAAUUUUAGGCAUAUCGAACUGUAU